AUGAGGAGCUUCAAUUUGCCAUCUUCUAGAAGAGCAGUAGACUUGUUGACCACGCGAUUUCGUCCGGCGUCUGUCAAUUUGUCUAGUGUCAAUCUGGCAAGGUUGCUAUCAACUCGAACUCGCCAACAGCAAUGGAACGGGUACGAAGGCAACAGCUCCAAUUCCUCGAGGAGAGGUCUUCUCAUCAAUUUAUGUGUGUUUUCCGGAGCGAUUUCCGCUUAUAAUCACAAGGACUUCAUUCUCAAUGAUGUUUAUCCAGUGAAUAAUACCAUACACGGACUUAAACCUAUCCAGGCUGCCGACACCUGGGAGAAUGGACUUUAUCAAGCAUCUCAGAAAGAGGAGAAAGAUCUUUUCUAUGAAUUUAGACAGAAACGGCUCUCGGAGAGUUCGUUUUUCUUGAGGAUUUUCUACCACAUCAAAUUUGCACUAACAGAUUACGUGGUGGAUCCAUGCAUUACCAUUGCUAGAUUUUUGGAGUUGACAGCCAUUUUCGUUCCAGUACUUUUAUCGGCACCAAUCUGUUGGAUCGGAAGUAAAGAUCGCAGAACCGGCGAAGAUGUUCGCAGUGGAGCAAAGCUUUGGUUUAGAUACUUGCGAUGGAGUGCUGAGCAUGCUGGUGCAUCAUUCAUAAAAUUGGGCCAGUGGGCAGCCUCCAGAACUGACAUUUUUUCCAAGGAAAUGUGUGAGGAAUUAUCCCAUUUGCAUUCCAAUGCAAAAGCACACUCGUUUAAGAAAACGAAGCGUAUCCUCAGCGAUAGUUUCGGCAUGCCAUUUGACGAAAUUUUCGCCGAGUUUCAGGAGAAACCCCUUGGAGUGGGUGCUAUUGCACAGGUGUAUUUGGCAAAACUUUCAGACAAAGCGAUUGAGAAGGUCAGGACUGAAGGAGAUCAAAAAGUUCAGCUCACAUUGGACCCUCAAAACAAGGAACAGACUCAGUUUUGGGAAAAUGUGGUUGUUACACAACAAGAACGUGCUAUUGACUCGAAACAAGCGGUUGCAAUCAAAGUGUUGCAUCCAAAUGUAGAGGUGAAAAUCAAUAGAGAUCUUCGUAUCAUGAGCUUUUUUGCAAAUGUCAUCAAUGUGAUUCCGACUAUGGAGUGGCUCUCGCUUCCAGAUGAGGUCGAGCAAUUCUCUAUAUUGAUGCGUUUACAGCUUGAUCUUCGAAUCGAAGCUCUCAAUUUAGAGAAGUUUCGCCACAACUUCAGAAACAGGCUUGAUAUUCAUUUCCCAAAGCCUUAUUUGAAUUUCAGUACUAGAGAUGUGUUGGUGGAAGACUACGUUCAAGCGAUUCCAAUGUCCAAGAUGUUGUCCUUGAAAGACAAUUUCGGAAAAAAUCUCUCUAAGGAAAUCAGUGAUAAAGGUCUUGAUUCCUUCUUGCAGAUGUUAAUUAUAGACAAUUUUGUUCACGCAGAUCUUCAUCCUGGAAAUAUGCUUGUGAGGUUUUACAAGAAUGAGCAUUUCAAACACAAAAAGGAGUACAAGAUUGUCAAGUCUAGUAACGAACAUGAAACAAACAGAAUCACCGAGGAGCUUUUGGCAUUGGGAGAUGACGAUAAGGCGUGGUGUAAGAGAUUAGAAGAGUUAUAUGAGAGUGGAUACCAUGCAGAGAUUUGCUUCUUGGAUGUUGGGCUAAUUACUGAGCUUAACCAGAUGGAUAGAGUCAACUUCAUUGAUUUGUUCAAAGCUUUGUCCGAGUUUGAUGGUUACAGGGCUGGAGAGUUAAUGGUAGAGAGAUCAAGAACUCCUGAAACGGUGAUCAACAAGGAAAUCUUUGCUCUCAAGGUGGAAAAGUUGGUGGACAGAAUGAAACAGAGAACCUUUACCCUUGGUAACAUCAGCAUCGGAGAUUUGUUGGACCAGGUUUUGGGAAUGGUCCGGUCUCAUCAUGUGCGGAUGGAGGGAGAUUUCAUCACAGUGAUUGUUGCUAUUUUGUUGUUGGAAGGAAUAGGAAGACAGUUGGACCCACAGUUGGACUUGUUUGCAAGCUCUUUGCCUGUUUUGAGAAAAUUGGGAGCUCUGAAAGAAGGCAGAGACAUUUUAAGUGAUGAAGAUUCUCUUAAUAUGAUCAAGGUUUGGGUCGCACUUGAGGCCAGACAAUUGAUCCACGCUUCGAUUCAAGAUAUUCACGCAUUAGUGAAGGCAGAUAUGUUGAGUCCCAACGUCUGA